UCCUUUCGCGCCACCACCAAGAUGGCGGCGCCCAUGUUGCGGUGCAUUUCUCCGAGCCGGUGGUUUUGCACCCCGGGCCCGUUGGCAGUCUUGCCCCGGGGGCUGCGUGAAGCCCACUCGGGCGAUAAGGGGUUGCUGGCGGUGCAGAAGGCUCGGGGUUUGUUCAAGGAGUUCUUCCCCGACAAGGGCACGAAGGUAGAGCUCCCAGAGCUCUUCGACCGUAGCAUCGCGGGCAACCGUCCCCAGACCAUCUACUGCGGCUUCGACCCCACGGCGGACUCGCUUCAUGUGGGGCACCUGCUGACGCUGCUGGGCCUCUUUCACUUCCAGCGAGCCGGCCACAACGUGAUCGCCCUCGUGGGAGGCGCCACGGCGCGCCUGGGAGACCCCAGCGGGCGCACCAAGGAGCGCGAGGCGCUGGACGCGGAGCGCGUGGGCAGCAACGCGCGCGCCCUGCGCCGAGGGCUCGAGGCCCUGGCAGCGCAUCACCAGCAGCUCUUCUCCAAUGGGCGGGCCUGGGGCAGCUUCACGGUGCUGGACAACUCGGCCUGGUACCAGGAGCAGCACCUGGUGGACUUCCUGGCGGCGGUGGGCGGCCACUUCCGCAUGGGCACGCUGCUGAGCCGGCUGAGCGUCCAGACCCGGCUCAAGAGCCCCGAGGGCAUGAGCUUGGCCGAGUUCCUGUACCAGGUGCUCCAGGCCUACGAUUUCUACUACUUGUUUCAGCGUUACGGAUGCCGGGUGCAGCUGGGCGGAUCUGAUCAGCUGGGCAAUAUCACGUCGGGAUACGAGUUCAUCAACAAGUUGACUGGAGAAGACGUAUUUGGAAUCACUCUUCCUCUGAUUACAAGUACAACUGGAGCAAAACUGGGAAAGUCUGCUGGCAAUGCUGUGUGGCUGAGCAGGGAUAAGACAUCUCCAUUUGAACUGUAUCAGUUCUUUGUCAGGCAGCCAGAUGAUGCGGUAGAAAGGUACCUGAGGCUCUUCACUUUUCUGCCCCUUCCAGAGAUUGACCACAUAAUGCAGCUGCACGUCAAAGAGCCAGAAAAGCGGGGUCCUCAGAAACGACUUGCUGCAGAAGUCACGAAGCUGGUUCAUGGGCAAGAAGGGCUGGAUUCUGCUAAAAGGUGUACACAAGCCCUUUAUCACAGUAGCGUAGAUGCACUGGAGGUCAUGUCUGAUGAAGAGUUAAAAGAGUUGUUUAAAGAAGCUUCAUUUUCUGAAUUAGUUCUUGACCCUGGAACAAGCGUCCUAGAUACGUGCCGCAAAGCAAAUGCCAUUCCAGAUGGUCCCCGGGGGUAUCGGAUGAUAACAGAAGGCGGAGUCAGUAUAAAUCACAGACAAGUAACAAAUCCAGAGAGUGUUUUGGUUGUUGGACAACAUAUUCUUAAGAAUGGACUUUCAUUACUUAAAAUAGGAAAAAGGAAUUUCUACAUUAUAAAAUGGCUUCAACUAUGAUGAAAAAUCCUUCUGAUGAUUCAAACUUACCGCCAUUCAUUCUCAAGAUAUACGAAAGGUUGGCUCCAGAACUUAACAUUCCUUCACUUACGCCAAUCAGCAGAGAAUGGAGUAUAUACUCUAGGCCUCACAGUGUGAGUAAUUUCAUUAUUUAUAUAGGUUGGUUAAUAAGUUGUCUAAAUGAUGGGAUUUUAUUUCUUGAUCCUUAAACAUUAAGGACUACCAUAGAAAACCAUGGUUUCCAGAGUUAGUAUGUUUUAAAAAUUAUACUUUAUGAAAAAACUAAAUGCUGUCUUUCCAGUCCUAUCUUGCUCUCCUUUUUGGACAUGAGGAACAAUGAAAAAGAGGUAACCUAAGGAAUUGCAGAUACUUUUAUAUCAAGUAUAUAUAUCUCACUGAUCUCGCUAAUGUCUGUAUUAAAACCAGCAGUGCCUCUAGCAUCCACAUUAGAAAUCUAGUACUGGAAA